AUGGAGCACUAAAGGUUGCACCAUCAUGACUAAUGGUUGGACGGAUAGGAGAAAUAGAACUCUCCUUAAUUUUCUUGUUUCUUCCGCAGGGGGCACCGUUUUCAUCAAGUCCAUUGAUGCCUCCGCCCAUUGCAAGAAUGCCACCUACCUAUGUGAGCAGAUAGAGGAGGUGAUUGAAGAUGUGGGUGAGGAGAACGUGGUACAGGUGGUGACCGACAAUGCAGCAAAUUAUGUUGCUGCGGGUAGACUAUUGAUGGAGAGGCACCCAUCUAUAGUUUGGACUCCAUGUGCUGCUCAUUGCAUUGACCUCAUGUUGGAGGAUAUUGGAAAAAUCCCAUGGGUCAAGAGAUGUGUAGAAAAGGCAAGAAAUGUCUGCAAAUUUGUAUAUAAUCAUUCAUGGGUGUUGGCUCUUAUGAGACAAUACACAGAGCAGAAGGAGUUGCAUCGUCCAGGAAUCACAAGAUUUGCCACAAACUUCCUCACAUUGCAGUCCAUGCUUAGGUCUAAGCCUGCCUUGAGACGUAUGAUUGUUGGUGAGGAGUGGUCUUCCUCAUCCUAUGCUACCACCCCUGCAGGGAUAGAGAUGGCAGAUUGCAUUUUUGAUGAGCAAGGCUUUUGGGUCCCUUGUGAUGAGAUAGUGAAAGUAAUUUUUUUAUAAAUUCUACAAUUUAGCUUCAUGUUUUAUAAGUUAUUAUAUGUAUUCUCUUAUUUGCUCAUUUUUCUAAAUUACACAAUAUUUUCAAUUUUGCAGUUUGUUAAGCCCUUGGU